AUGGGGGUUCUAAACGACAAUCUCAGUGUACUCUAUGUGUGCGUGGCUGCGGCGACGUUCCUGAAGCCUGAAUUUGCCAUCUAUGGUUCAAGGAUCGCAACGAUGGUGAUUUCAUUUGUGAUCAUCGCCGCAUGGAAGGUGAUCUAUCAGCUAGUGCUGUAUCCUGCAGUUUUCACCCCGCUCAAGCACAUCCAGACCCCAUCGGGGCGACACUGGUUAACUGGUAACACCGAGUCAUUCUUUCUCGAAACCCCCUAUACACAGAUGCGGGAAUGGACCGCAAAAAUGCCAAAUGAAGGCCUUGUGCGAUACUACAUUGUCGGGAACCUGGAGCGAGUUCUUUUGACCAACCCCAAAGCAUUGAGCGAAUUGCUGGUCACCAAGGUCUAUGACUUCGAAAAGCCUAAGACCGUGCGGCAGAGCUUGCGCCGUAUUGUUGGAGAUGGUAUCUUGCUUGCGGAGGGAGAUGAUCACAAGCUGCAACGGAAGAAUCUGAUGCCUGCCUUUGCCUAUCGCCACAUCAAGGACCUCUAUCCGAUCUUCUGGUCCAAGAGUGUGGAGAUGGUCAAGCUGAUCCAGCAGGAUCUGGAACAGAGACAGGCUAGCGGAGAUGAAGGCAAUAUCAUCACAGUCCGUACCUGGGCUAGUCGGGCUACGCUGGACAUUAUUGGCGUGGCGGGCAUGGACCACGACUUUGACUCGCUGCGCGACCCCUCCAAUCGACUCAACCAAUCUUACCAACAGAUUUUCACGUCACCAAGCGUUGCUACUAAAAUGCUGUUUAUCCUGGGAAUGAUGAUGGGAGACCUGACUCUCCUACAGAAGAUGCCCACGCAACGCAACAAAGACAUUGAAGAGGGCGGCGGUGUCAUUCGGGAUGUUGCCCGACAAAUGAUUCGGCUGAAAAAGGACAAAAUGAAGGAUCCUAACACACAAACCGGUGUCGACAUUAUCUCCGUCGCCAUGUGCAGUGGUGUUCUGGACGAAGAGAACUUGGUUGAUCAAUUGAUGACCUUCCUGGGCGCCGGCCACGAAACCACCGCCACGGCGAUGCAAUGGGCCGUCUACGCACUCUGCAAAAACCCCGAGGUCCAGACCAAACUGCGCGAAGAGAUCCGCGCGAAUCUUCCACCCAUUUCAUCUGAGAACCAAGGUCCAAUCGAGGCCACCACGAUCGACAACCUGCCCUAUCUCCACGCCGUCUGCAAUGAAAUCCUCCGCUUCCACCCGUCGGUCCCAGGCACCGUUCGUACGGCCGUCAAGGAUACGUCACUUGUAGGCAAACCCAUUCCUAAAGGCACGACUCUUAUCAUCUCUCCUGAAGUCUUGAAUCACAUGGAGGAGCUGUGGGGUCCGGACGCAGACAAGUUCAACCCGGAGCGAUUCAUGGGCCCCGGCAUGGCAAAUACUGGCGGCGCUAAUAGCAACUACGCGUUCUUAACUUUCAUCCACGGCCCGCGCAGCUGUAUUGGUCAAGGCUUUGCGAAAGCAGAGCUUGCCUGUUUGCUUGCUGCGACUGUUGGCCGUUUUCAUAUGGAGUUACAAUAUCCCGAUCGCAAGUUGGAACUUCGAGAGGGCGCGACGGUUGCGCCGAAGGAUGGUGUUCUGGCUAAGUUUACGCCAUUGGAGGGAUGGUAG